AUGUGGCUGCACAGAGGACCGCCACCAGCGCCAGUGCCUGGUACGGCAGCUGAUGACCGUGAUAUGAAGCGUAUGGGCAAGAUCCAAAAGCUCAAUCGAAUAUACACCGUGUCGACAUUGGUUGGCUAUGGAGUGAUUUUGGGCAUGACAUGGCCGUUCUCACUCAUGCGCUCGACUCACAGUACCGGAACACUCUCUCUCACGAAUGGCGGCCCCGCUGGGGCUAUCUGGGUUUACCUAGGUACUUGCGUUGGGAUGAGUACGGUCGUGAUUUCCAUGGCCGAAUUGGCGUCCAUUGAACCGACAACGGGCGGGCAGUACCACUGGGUCUCUAUAUUCGCACCGCCAAAAUACCGCAAGAUUCUAAGUUACAUGGUCGGUUGGCUAUGCUCUCUCGGAUGGCAAAGCGGUGUUGCUGGCUCUGCCAAUGUAGGAGCGCUGUCAAUCCAAGGUUUUAUCAAGGUCGCCAACUCCGACUAUAACCCUAAAAGCUGGCACAUCGUUCUCCUCACCAUCGCCAUCCUGUGUUUCGUCGUUUUCUUCAACACAGUCCUGUCCAGGAAGCUACCAGGCAUUGAGGGCGUCAUAUUCAUUCUUUAUCUUCUCGGUUUCGUGGUCUUCCUGGUUGUCUUCUUCGUCAUGGGUGAUCGAUCGCCUGCAAGGGAAGUCUUCACCAAUUUCCAGGAUAACGCCGGUUGGGGCAGUAUUGGAACGGCUUGCUUCGUUUCAAUUAGCGGCCCCGUCAUCACGGUCAUUGGGUCUGAUUCGGCUGUCCAUCUUGCUGAAGAGCUGAAGGACGCAUCUCGACAGCUGCCGAAAGCCAUGCUUUUCAUGGCGUUUACGAACUAUUUCCUUGGCUUUGUUAUGCUCUUAGCAUUUGUUUUCGUGGUCGGUAAUGUCGAGGAAGUACUUGCUACGCCUACCGGCCAGCCUUACAUCCAGGUCAUCUGGAACGCGACUCAAUCGAGGGGUCCGACCAUUGCCUUAGUAGCCAUAAUCAUUUUCUUCUUCCUUUUCACAGCCGUCAACGUGAACACAACGGCGUCGCGCCAGAUCUGGGCAUUCGCACGUGACGGAGGCCUGCCAUUUUCCCCUUGGAUCAACUAUGUCUCACCAUACCUGCACAUCCCCGUCAACGCCGUACUCCUGUCCUGGUUCAUCGGCUGCUGCAUCGCCCUUGUCCCCCUCGGCUCCAACGCCGCCUUCCUCAACAUCCAAACCAUCGGCAACGGCGGUCUCCUCAGCUCCUAUAUCCUCUGUAUCACUUGCCGUCUCUAUCACCGCAACGCCAUCAGCGUCUACGGCAACCUUGUCAAACGCCCGACGUUUUGCCUGGGAAAGAUCGCGGGUAACAUCGUCAAUUGUUUCGCGCUUUGCUUCCUUAUCAUCUUUCUCGUAGCCGGCAUGUUUCCUGUUGCGCCGAAUCCAACAACUGAGACGAUGAAUUGGACUUGUACGGCGCUGGGGGCGACGGUUAUUAUUGCGUUGCUGCUAUUUAUUCAGCUAGGAAAAGGUUACCUUGGUGCGAGAGCUGAGACGCUGCCGGAGUCGGAGAGGGUAUCUGAGAGCGAAGAAACUGAAUUAGAGAAUAAGGCGUUUGAUGCUUAA